UGCAGGGAAAAGAUAAGUAUAGCGCUUUACAAUGACAACCAUGAUAGGAAGAGAGGAUGGCGCGGAUGAAAAGCCCAAAGUCAAGAUGCUGGCGCCUGCAUUUGGGAUCGAUAAAUCACGACUUCAUGGAUCUGGGUUUAGGUCUAAAGGCUUUGCCAUCACGGACCUACUGGGUCUUGAAACGGAUCUCCAGCCUCGCCCAUCCGGACCUUAUGGAGUAGGAGGACACGGGGAUGUUCAGAGCGCUGGGAUGGGAUUCCCUUUCGCUGGAGGAUCCUUGCCUCUUGGUCUGGGGUUCCUGUGCAGUUUGGCGGCUCAGCAACCUCCGGGGGGGCCCUGCUUCCUACCGAGUCACAUACCCCUCCUUCAGUCCAGGACGGAGAGCCAUUUCAUGCAGAAUAUGGAGCAACAAAGAGACGUCUACUCUGAUGACGAAUGUCUCUCUGGUGAACGAAACGAUUCGAAAAACUCAGGGAACUCACAGAAGAGAAAGAAAAGGAGGCACAGAACUGUGUUCACUUCUCAUCAACUGGAGGAGCUGGAAAAGGCAUUCCAUGAGGCACAUUACCCAGAUGUGUAUGCCAGGGAAAUGUUAGCAAUGAAGACAGAAUUGCCUGAGGACAGAAUACAGGUUUGGUUUCAGAAUCGUCGGGCCAAGUGGAGGAAACGUGAGAAGUGCUGGGGACGCAGCAGUGUGAUGGCAGAGUAUGGGCUCUACGGUGCCAUGGUCCGCCACUCCAUCCCUCUGCCAGAAUCAAUCAUCAACUCCGCCAAAAGCGGGAUGAUGGGCUCCUGUGCUCCCUGGCUUCUAGGUGAGCCAGCAGGAAUGCACAAGAAGUCUAUGGAUAUAGUAAAGAAGUCCCCAGGAAUGCCAGAGUUUACCCACUCGGAUACUAACUCCGAGGAAACUAAAGGGAAAGACAACGACAUGUCCUGGCCAAAUCGCUCUCGUGGUAUAGACGACAGCGAGGACAUGGCAAUAGACCUAUCCAGCACCUCUAAGCAGGACAGCAGCAAGAGCACUUUGAAGUCAUCGUCACCCCAAAGGGAUCCCAUUCGCAACAGUGAUUCAGACGAUGAAAGCUAAAUGAAUCCCGGUUGCAGACAGUGAGCUUGGACAUUUGCGUGGAAAUUAUGCUCACCUGGAAGACAAUUAUUUUCCAAAGAUGCGCAACAUUCCCAUCACAUUAGGGGUGUACAGUGUACUUGUCUUAUUUCUUAAUAAUUGUAUUUGGACAUAUGUUUUAUAAAGUUGUCUGGUUUUAAAUAUAAGAAAAUAUUUCAUGUUU